AUGGGAACGUCUGAUGACCCACAGCCAUCAUCGCCAUCGUCUUCACCAGCGCAGCAAUACCACCACCCGAGUUUCACCAGCGAUCCAAACACCGCCACCGCAGGCUCAAUCAGACAGAUACACAACACUGAAGCACAGCAGAUUCCCGAACCAGAAGCCGCACACAUCCCAGAUGGUAUACCCGAACAUGAAAGAGAAGCAACCGAACUCCAGCAGCAGCCUCGCCAUCGAUCCGACGUCCAGCGGCCACUCUCCCGUGUGCUGUCCCCCAGCUUGGCAUCAGAACACAUCUACUUCAUUACACCACUCAAAUCCUUCUGGCGACACCACGUUCGUCUCUCCGUCCCUCACGUCGACUGUCGAGACCACCUCGCCAAUGAAAGAACGUUUUUGGGCUAUCUGCGGACUUCGGUCGCCUUCUCAAUGAUUGGAGUGUUUAUUGCUCAAUUAUGGAGACUGCAGCACUCUCCUACUCCGGAUCCGACCUUUGGGUAUUAUGUACUGAGCAUUCCCGUCUCGAUCAUCUUUCAGUGUGCCGCACUGGUAAUGGUGUUAUUGGGGGCGGUAAGGUAUUGGAGACAGCAAGAGGCCAUGGCUGUAGGGAGGGUGUGGGCUGGGGGGUGGGAGAUGGGCGUCAUUGCCGUGGGGAGUUUGUUGUUGCUGACAUUGCUCUUCGUGCUGCAUCUUGCGCUCGAUGUGAAGCACACAUAUCUGACGUGA